AGGUGGGGCAGUCCUCAGCAAGGAGGUGAGGUGCUGGGAGUGCCAGGAAGGUGAUGCUCUCCCACCCCGCCCCCAUCUGACGAGAAAGGGUUGUGCUGGGCACAUCACAGUAGCCAUCCAUCUGUCCGGGCUGCUGCCCCGUGGGUCCCUCCGAUCCUGUUACAGAUGAGGAGACGGGGGAGCAGAGGCUGGGACCUGGGUCUCUGCAGAGACCCCAUGCGGGGUGGGGGUGGGGUGGGGGGCUGCCUCUGGCUCCACCUGGGCUGAGAGCUUGCUGUGGUUACAGGUGGGGUGAGCCCAGGAGCCCCACAAUAGGGCCUGUCUGCCUUGGCCGGCCAAGAGGAGGGGCCUAGCCUAGUUGGGCACAGGGACAUGGUGUGUGACCUCAAACUGGCUGGAGGCCUAGGCGCCAGCCCUCCCGUGGCAUUCUGAGGUGUUGGAGGGCCCCAAGGUUUGCACUGUGAGGGCAGCAGCUCUACGGAGAACACUGGUGGGACCAGGUGGAUGCUCUGAUGGUUUUGGCUGUGGGUCUUGGGGUCCUCCAGGGAUGCAGCUGACCCAGCUCUGUCCCCUACUCAGAGCCCAGCCCCCACACCAGGGCUGCAGGGUGUUCACUGAAUGGGGGGUGGGCAGGUCAGCAGCUAGGAUUAUAAGGUCCGUCCUGGCUCCUGUUGGGGUCUAGGGCAAAGGUCUGUCCAGUGAAGGGAUGGGGUGGGGGUGUGAGCCCCCUGAAAUCCCCACAUCAGGCACAUUCAUGGUCACUUGCAGGGUCAGUCAUUGAGCGUUUAUUCCCAGUUCUCAGAGCUCAGCUAUGGCUGGGGAGGCGUGGCCGUGUUGUGGGGAUGGAGGAGGGGGGGGCUGGUGGGCUGCCCUUGCUCUCAGGCUGAGGUCCUGCCUGGAAAUUGCCAGGCAGGUGACGGAGGCAGCAGCCGCAAUUAGGGGCCCGGAAGACCCCAUGGAGCAGCGCUCAGGGCAGGCCUGGAGGGAUGGCACGUGAGGUGGGGGCUGAGGAGUGUGGCCCACACCCACCUCCAUGUGAGACGCUCAGGAUGCAGGUGGAGGGGGCAGAGUCUAGCAGAAGCAAAGGCACAAGGUCAGACGGGCCUAGCAAGGAGGGUUGAGGUCUGCAGAUGGAGAACCCAGCCAGGCUGGGGUGAUGGCCACAGAGGAUCCAAGCAAAGCAGCGUGGAGCACGGUGCUCUGGGGUGUUGGCUGGGGGCCCAGGAGGAGCCCACCUUGAGGGUGGCCCAGGUCCUGGCUCUGCCUCUUCCAGAGUGACCCCGAUCAAGUCUACAAAUAAGUUCCUGGGGUUGAGGCUCUAGAACCAGGGAGGUGCUCUGGGGCAGUUUGUGGGGGUUGGGGUGUUGGGAGGGAGGCCCAUGUGGGUCCCACAGCCCAAGAGCUUAAUCCUCUGGAAUUGCAGCUGCCUGGCUCCCCCUGCUGGCCAGGCCUGGCCAUUGCAGGGAUGUGUCCAGGACUCUGACCUGCAGCCCCCAACCGUUGGAGUCCCAGCCUGCCAUCCCCACCCCAGCAUGAUGCUCUCAGUUGUCCGGCUCCAGCGUCCACUCCGACAGCCACUUCAGGCAGGAGGCCCGCUGUGCUUCUGUCUCAGGGAGCUUGGCAGGGGGCGGUGGGGGCCGGCCCGGCCCGGGCAGGGGCGUGGAGGGGCUGCAGGGCCUGGGGCCCCCUUCUGUGGGGUCAGGGUCUGGGGCAGCCCGCAGGACCUGGACGAGCUCAUCCAGUGGCUGCACCAGGGUGUGGGGGCUCCAGCAGGCAUCGAGGGUGGGCACGAAGGGGUCGGGCGUGCAGGCCUCCACGCACUCGGUACAUGUGGGGAUGCGCAGGUAGAAGGCGUGGAGCAUCAUGCGGAAGGGCUGGUCCUCCUGGUUCGAGGCCUGGCCAUAGGUCUGGUCCCCCACGAUGGGGUGGCCCAGGGCGCUGCAGUGCACGCGCAGCUGGUGCGUCCGUCCUUUGGGGAGGAGAGGGGGCCAGUCAGGCGGGGGCGCCACCCCAUGCCCACCCCCUACCCAUUCACAUCAUGCCCAGCACCGUCCUUGAAGCCUCACACAACCCCUGGGGGCAGCAGACCUCCCUGUUUCAUGCCACAAAGACGUCAGAACUCAGAACAGAAGCGACUUCUGGGGUUGCCCCUGGUGAGGCCAGGGCGAUGCUCGAUCAACUAGAGAACCCAGGCCAGAGCGACCUCGUACAGGGCAAGAGGCUGCAGGCUGUGAGGCUGAGUGUGGGGGAGGAGUCAGCCUGGCCAGCAAUGCUGGGAGACCCUGGGCAGGUUCCUUUCCUGUGUGAUGGGGACACUUCGGUGCCCUGUGCCAGGAGAUGCCCAAGGCAGGACACCAUCAGCAGAUAGCAAGGAGACCUGGGCACACGCGCCCUGGACACACCCGUGAGAGGCUGCAACAGCACUUUGGAGACAGGAUCACCUGCAUACAGUCCGUGUUCCAGGACCACCAGCUCAGUGAGGCUUGGUUUUGGGUUCUCACAGCCUGAAGGGAGCAAGGAAAACCCAGAGAGUUGGCUGGGCCAGCUCCAUGGCUGAGUCCACCCCAAUCCCAGGUCGCCUGCCCGGGUUGCCCCAGCCUACCCAGGGUCCCCACUGGACGACUAUGCCCCUGGCCCCCACCCCCUGCCCUCCGUACCCUGUGUGCCCUCAAUGCACAUGGUGUGGGUCCGGCCUUCUGUGCUGUUCUUGCCAAUAGCAUAGCUGAUGGUCAUUCGGCUCUCCUGGACGUGCCCCCGCACCUGCCAGGAAGGGGGUCACACGCUGCUCAUGGGGUCACCCACCACUGCUGGGAAACCCAUCUGACAGCCAGAGGCUAUCAAAGUGGAUUGAGUGUUGGAGUCUCCUGCUCCAAGGACCAGCUGGGCCUUACCAGAGCCAGAUAAGCCUUGGUGACUCUCCGGUCCUUGAAGCACCUGUAGGCACUGCCUGCGGCUGCCUUGUUCAGGGCCACACAGAGUGCCCCGCUGGUGGAGAAGUCCAGUUGGUGGCAGAACCUGGCAUGGGGCAGAGGAUCAGUGGUGGCUGGGCUGUGGGCCGCUUCCCACCGAUGGAGGCUGCUGUGGGUACCUGAACCCGUAGCAGGUGUCAGGGUCGGCCAGCUCUGGGAAGCGGUGCCGCAGCUGCUUCUGGAGGGUCAGCGUCUCCCACCAGGACUUGCUGUCGAUGCGCACAUCCCAGUGCUUGUUCACCACCAGGAAGUCACGGCUCCGGUACACGACACACAGGUUCUCCACGCUGCCUGGCUCCAUGGUGGCUGCAGUGCAGGGCAAGUGCAUGGAGCGGGGUCAUGGGGUGCCCAGCCCACAUCAGGGUCCUGCCCACCUGGCGUGGACACCCCUGCUCCCCAGGGCCCUGGGUCUGAAGCCACCGAGGCUGUGUCAGGCAAGCUUGCAGACCUACUGUGUGCCUGCACUCCCACCUCUGAGUCAAGUAGCAGGGUGUCAAGUAGCAGGGGUCUGGCCAAUAUCAGGGGAGCUAGUGUUGCCCUAGGCUCUGGCUGUGGGUUAGUCCUGCCAGACCCGGGCCUGGGGAGAAGCAGUCUUGCCCUCCAGCCUGCUCCCACGGACCCUUCCCGGACGGGCCACGGACGCGCGAUAGGAGCCUUUUCCUGAGUGGGGUGGGGUGCAGGGCAGGGGAUGGGGCUCUCCCUCUCCCGCGUAGACGUCCCCUGCCCUGCCUCCCCUCCGAGGAACCCUCGCCUCCCACGUCUGAUGGGCACAGGCGGAGAGGUGCCCGGCGGACUCCACUGCGAACACUUCCCGCGCCCCUGCCCAUUCCGAGAUCGACCUGCAGCUGAGCUGCGCCGUCUGGGCCCCCGAUGCUGCUGCCCGGCCCUGGCUCCUGCCCUCGCGUCUCCCUGCCUCGUGGCCCAGCAGCCCCGGAGCAGUCACUUGGACCACAGAGGUGCGCCUCGCCGGGCCCAGCCUGGGCGCUCAGUCCCGCCCACGUCCCGCCCACGUCCCGCCCACGGCGCAGACGGGCGGCCGUGCUGACCAAUGGAGAGCGCCCGGAUCCCGCCGCUCCAGCUCCAACGAGCUGCGCGCUGGGCGCGGGAGGUUCGCAGCCGGCGGCGGGCGGCCAUGGAGGACUACGAGCAGGAGCUGUACGGCGUCGAGGAUGACUUCCACAGCCAGUUCGCGGCCGAGCUCGAGGUGCUGGCCGAGCUGGAAGGGACAACCGCCAUGUCACCUUCCAGGGACCCCUGGCCCACCGUGGGCCGGCCCCGCCUGACGUUCGAGGAGACCAUUGCUGGAGGGAACGCUGCCACUCACUGCUCUCCAGGCGGACCUCCAGGGAACAGCAAGGGCGGUGCCAGGAAGAGGCAGCUGGCCGCUGACAUCCACGGGGACAGACCCCUGCCCCCUACCCCCAAAGUCAAACGGUCCAGGCUGGAGGCUGCCAGGAGACUGAACUUCAGGUCCGAUGAGAUGGAAGAGCCGCUGCCUCCUGACUCCCCGACUCAGGACAUCACCCCCCCACCGAGUCCUGAGGUCCCUGCUGAACUAUGGGGCAAGGGGCCCUUGGACACUGGGGCUGAUGUGGGUCUCACUAAGGCCUCGCCAGCCGCCCGCAAUCCUGUCCUGAGGCGGCCCCCUGUCUUGGAGGACUACAUCAAUGUGACCUCCACUGACGGCAACCGGGCCUUUCUAGUGCUUCAGGCUGACCCAGUGGGCACUGGGGUCCAGAGCCCUCUUCUUGACAUCCGGUGGCGUGGCCGUGGCCAGCUGGAUCUGCUGGGUGUGUCCUUUGCCUCCCUGAAGGAGAAGAUCGACAGUGAGCGGCGGCAGCGACUGCUGGAAGAGGCCCAGCGGCUCUCGGACACACUGUGCAGUCUUAGGUCAGAGGAGGUGGAGGAGGGGCCCCAGCCCUCGGGGGCCUCUGAGGAGGAGCCGGCUGACAGCCAAGAUGCUUCCCAGCAUUGCCUCUGGGUGGAUGAGUUCGCACCCCAACGCUAUACGGAGCUGCUCAGUGACGACUUCACCAACCGCUGCCUCCUCAAGUGGCUGAAGCUGUGGGACUUGGUGGUGUUUGGCCGAGAGCGGCCCACCCGGAAGCCCAGACCCAGUGUGGAACCGGCCCGUGGUGGCAAGGAGGCCACAGCCUCCAGCAAGUGGAAAAGCCACGGACAGGUGCUAGAGGAGAUGCUGGAGGCUGAGCUGGAUCCAAGCGGGCGGCCCCGGCAGAAGGUGGCGCUGCUGUGUGGGCCCCCAGGGCUGGGCAAGACCACCCUGGCCCAUGUGAUUGCGCGGCAUGCUGGGUACUCUGUGGUGGAAAUGAACGCGAGUGAUGACCGCAGCCCUGAGGCCUUCCGAACGCGCAUCGAGGCAGCCACGCAGAUGGAGUCGGUGUUGGGCACUGGUGGGAGGCCCAACUGCCUGGUUAUCGAUGAGAUCGACGGGGCCCCCACGGCUGCCAUCAAUGUUCUCCUGAGCGUCUUGGAUCGCCAGGGCCGACAGGAGGCAGAGCCAGGGGGCCCCGCUGUGCCCACGGGCGGGGGGCGGCGGCGCCGGGCAGAAGGGGGGAUCCUGAUGAGGCCCAUCAUCUGCAUCUGCAAUGACCAGUUCGUGCCCUCCCUUCGGCAGCUGAAGCAGCAGGCACUCCUGCUCCACUUCCCGCCCACGCUGCCCUCCAGGCUCACACAGCGGCUCCAGGAGAUCUCCCUGCGGCGGGGCAUGCGGCCUGACCCUGGCGCGCUGGCGGCCCUCUGCGAGAAGACAGACAACGACAUCCGCGCCUGCAUCAAUGCCCUACAGUUCCUGCAUGGGCGGGGCCAGCGGGAGCUGAGCGUUCAGGCUGUGCAGACCACACGCAUUGGCCUCAAGGACCAGCGCAAGGGCCUCUUCUCCGUGUGGCAGGAGGUCUUCCAGCUGCCCCAGGCCCGGAGGCACCGCAUGGGUCAGGACCCGACCCUGCCCUCCCACACACUCCUGCUCGGUGAUGGGCACGUGGGUUCAGGGCCCCUCGCUACCAAGGUGCCCCUGACCGCGGCCUCUCAGCGGUUCUACCACAUCUUGCAUGUGGCCGCUUCUGCGGGUGAGCACGAAAAGGUGGUCCAGGGCCUUUUCGACAACUUCUUGCGGCUGAGGCUGCGGGACUCCAGCUUGGCAGCCGUGUGCAUAGCACUUGACUGGCUGGCCUUCGACGACCUGCUGAGCCGGGCCGCCCACCACGGCCAGAGCUUCCAGCUGCUGCGCUACCUGCCCUUCCUGCCCCCGGCGUUCCACCUGCUCUUUGCCUCCAGCCAUGUGCCGAGGAUCACCUUUCCCACCAGCCAGCAGGAGGUGCGCCCCACGCCCUGCCCAUACCCAGGGUCUAACACCGGGGCCCUGGGUGACUUGGUCCUCGUCCGCCCUCCACCCCAGGCCCAGAAUCGGAUGAGCCGGACACACAACCUGAUGCAGACGCUGGUGUCGGGCAUCACGCCAGCCACCCGCAGCCGGGCUGCACCGCAGGCGCUCAUCCUGGACACCCUCUGCCUGCUCCUGGACAUCCUCGCACCCAAGCUGCGCCCUGUGAGCACACAGCUGUACAGCGCCCGAGAGAAACAGCAGCUGGCCAGCCUCGUGGGCACCAUGCUCGCCUAUAGCCUCACCUACUGCCAGGAGCGCACGCCCGAUGGGCAGUAUGUCUACAGGCUGGAGCCGAACGUGGAGGAUGUCUGCCGCUUUCCCGAGCUGCCCACCCGCAAGCCCCUCACCUACCAGGCCAAGCAGCUCAUUGCCCGUGAGAUUGAAGUGGAGAAGAUGCGGCGGGUGGAGGCCUUGGCCCGGGCUAGGGUCGGCCCCCAGGUGGACGGGGGUCCCCUGGGGGGCACUGGGGAGAAAGGGGCGCAGCCAUCUGCCCCAUGCAGCCACGAGCAGCGGCUGGAGUGCAUCCUGAAGAGAGCUGCCCUGGAGGAGCAGCCCGAGAGGGACUUCUUCGGUCGUGUGGUUGUCAAGAGAGCGGCAGCCCCGAGCACAGAGCACGCAGCCCCUGAGACUGACACGGCCGAGCAGCGCAUGGGCACCGCGGUGGGCAGGAGCGACGUCUGGUUCCGCUUCAAGGAGGGCGUCUCCAACGCCGUGCGGCGCAGCCUGUACAUCAGGGACCUGCUGUAGCCUGGGCCACACCAAGCCCCCAGGAUCCAUGCUGCCACCUUGGCUGUGCUAGAUACUCUGACCCACACUUGACGUCCCCAGGAUCUAUGCUGGACACUGUGGGGGCCGUGCCAGACCCCCCUGUCCAUGCCGGACACUCUGGGGUUGUGCCAGACACCCUGGAUCCACACCGGCCACCCUGGAGCCACACCAGAUGUCCCCAGAUACACACUGGGUGCCUGGGUGUUGCUUUCUCUCUCCUAGAAAAUGUACAAAAGCAUGUACAUGCUUGAAAACUCUUUAUAAAAGUCACACUUUUACAGA